AUGGCUUACUACGACGAGGAUGGCCAGGACCGCAUUGAGGCUGUCGAGAGCCGCGAGACCCGCCGCGCUCCCAAGAGCCCCAACACGGUGUCGAUCCCCUGCCACCACAUCCGCCUCGGCGACAUCCUGAUCCUCCAGGGCCGCCCUUGCCAGGUCAUCCGCAUCUCGACCUCGGCUGCCACUGGCCAGCACCGCUACCUUGGUGUCGACCUCUUCACCAAGCAGCUCCAUGAGGAGUCGUCGUUCGUCUCGAACCCGGCCCCCAGCGUUGUGGUCCAGACCAUGAUCGGCCCGGUCUUCAAGCAGUACCGCGUCCUCGACAUGCAGGAUGGCCACAUCGUCGCCAUGACCGAGACUGGUGAUGUCAAGCAGAACCUGCCCGUCAUUGACCAGAGCAGCCUCUGGAACCGCCUCAAGAAGGCUUUCGAGUCUGGCCGUGGCAGCGUCCGUGUCCUUGUCGUCACCGACAACGGCUCCGAGAUGGCUGUCGACAUGAAGGUCGUUCACGGCUCGCGCCUGUAA